CUACAAAGAUAUCUGCUCGGCUGGUCUAUUGAUAGACAAGUCAAGUCUAUAAAACCCUACCAUGCCCCAAUCUAUCAAGGUCACCGGUUCCUACCAUACUCUCAAAAGCUUGCACAAUAUUCCAACGGCGGAAAUUAUCCCGUAUACCAAAGAAAAGGCCCUCAACAACGCGGAAAUCCUGAUAACCUGAGCAAAGAAGCUCUAACGCCAAUCACGAUGAAGUUUCUCAAUGUAUCUUUGAUCACGACAACUCUCAGUCUAUUCACAUCAUUUGGUGCGGCUCAAGCCGGCGAUGAAGAUAUUGUGGUAUAUGAUUGUUUUGGCACUAUGUUUUACCUCGAAAGUGUUUGCCAAUCCGCUCUCCGAGCACACCAACUAGGUCAGACUACAAUCAACGGCUACCCUACACGUUAUAAUGCUCAAGGCUUGAAUGGUCCUAGCCCGCAUAAAUUGUUUCCAAUGUUUCCUAAUGUUUUAGUUUACGGGAAUCAGUCUAGACCGAAAUAUUUCUUAAUUGUUGACAAUGAUGGUUAUCCUCAGGGCAUGGUACAUCUUUAUCGGGAGACUUACCAUAAAUGUUCAAGAGUUGAUGGACAAUAA